AUGGAAGCGAGAUAUCGCCAUCCGCGUGCCGCGAGUGCCCAGGGCUGCCCGUUUCCGUCGCCUACCGAUGUGGACAUGAUGCUUAUGGAGAGCGACGUAGAGCCCCAGAAGUAUAACCACCCGAGCAACAACUUUGUCUCGCCGACCCUAAGUGAGCAGGAAGUGGACUCGCUCGAGUGGAUCGACAACUUUCUACCUUCAUUCGAGGCAGCCCCUCAGCAAGACGAGCCAAUGUUCGUCGGGAACACCGUGGACGUGACCGCGAGUGCACUCAAGCGCCAGACGACGCAUUAUCUUUUCCCCUCGCUGCAUUCAGUAACAGGAGACUACGUGUGUCUGACUUCCAUGUAA